AUGGCUAAUUUUACUAGGAUCGCCGAGCUUUCUCCUCAUCGGAAUGAUUAUAUAAUAAGAGUGAAGAUUUUGAAAAAAUGGAAGGAGAUGAUAUUUGGAGGUGGAGACAUAUUGAGUUUUCUUUUAGUCGAUGAACAUGGUGAAAAAAUACCUGCUAAGGUUAGUCCGGAGAUUGGCCUCAAUGACGAUUUCGACUUCAAUCUGCACGAAGGCCACUGGAUGAUUAUCUCAGGAUUCAUCGUUGAGUUAACACCACCUCCUUCACUUUUCUCUGAGAAUAAUCAUACCAUCAUCUUCACCGAGGAUACAGAUCUGCAUGUGUCAACUGGUGUUCAUCAAGACCAUUACAUGGAGUUCAAGGACUACACAGAUAUAAAGAAUGGAGUAUACAACUCGCAUCGUCCUAUCGAUCUUAUAGGUUAUCUGGAUGACGUUGAAGAGAUAAGAACAGUGAAGGACCACAACUUUAGACUAGCUCCUGGCAAGAAGACUUCUAGAGUCAUGUUCACGAUAAAGGGCUUAGAUGGUGUAACACUGGAAUGCAAAGCUUAUGGAGUCUUGGCGGAUCAGCUCUAUGAUAAAUGGUGGUAUCAUGGUACAACAGAAACAUUCAUCACAAUGAGCGACUGGAUGGUUUACGGAGAACAAAGAACCGGUGAGCUGAAGAUUAAGGACGCAGGAGGAAUAUCUAGAUUUGAGUUCAAUGCUGAUUAUCAGGAUGUUUAUGAUUUCAGCGCUGAAUAUUUCAAUGACAGUGAUGGCUCUGUUGAGGAGGUGGUAGUAGUAUCUCCAUGA